AUGACGGCGGCGGCACGGAGGAGCUGCAGCUCGCCGGCUGGGGUAGGUGCUGUUGCAGGCGCCGGGCCAGGGUCGGCGCUGAACACAAUCACGCCGUGCGCGGCGUGCAAGCUGCUCAGGCGACGGUGCGCGCAGGAGUGCCCCUUCUUGCCCUACUUCUCGCCGCUGGAGCCGCACAAGUUCGCCACCGUCCACAAGGUCUUCGGCGCCAGCAACGUCUCCAAGAUGCUCCUGGAGGUGCACGAGAGCCAGCGCGCCGACGCGGCGAACAGCCUGGUGUACGAGGCGAACCUGCGGCUCCGGGACCCUGUCUACGGCUGCAUGGGCGCCAUCCUCACCCUGCAGCAGCAGGUGCAAGCGCUGGAGUCCGAGCUCGCCACCGUCAGGGCGGAGAUCGUCAGGCACAGGUGCCGUCCGGCGGCGGCCGCGGUGGCUACGGUGCUCCCCUCGUCGCACGCCUCCCAGCUCCUCGCGGCCUCGGCAACCAGCCGCGGGCUGCACGCCGGCAGCAGGUCAUCGGUAGGGGCAAGAACGGCAACUUUGGCGGCGGCGGCAGCUGCCGUGGGGCCUGCGGCCUCCUCCUCGUCGUCAUCGGCGGUGUACGCCGCCGCCGCCGCGUCGAGCUCAACGGACUACAGCUCCAUCACCAAUGAGAAUGUUCCUUACUUUGGUUGA